CCUCUCUCCUCUCCUGUCUCUCUCUCUCACCCAGUCAAGCCUGUGAGCUCUUGGAUGGAAUAACGGCGUUUUCCCCUCGCUGGUGUCACCGGAGGCGACUGGAAAUAAUCUGGAGGAGCAGGACAGAGCUGAUCUGAUCUGAUCUGGUCGGGGUCCGGUCUUUCAGCUGGGACUGGUGAAGUUUCUCAGAGGCUGCCGGGACCGGCGGUCCUCCCUGAGCGCUGCAGCCAUGCGCCGGCCGGCGGGCCUGGCGUCGGACGUGGCGCUCUCCCUCCUGGCUCUGUCCGUCCUGUGCGGCGGCGUCUCCGGCCUCCUGCAGCCUCAGCCCAGAGUCUUCCUCCCCUUUGAAGAUCUGCAGGCCUCGCAGGCAUUCGAGCACUACAGCCUCUCAGAGAAGGCGAUGGACUACAGGAUCCUGCAGAUGGACGAGGAUCAGGACAGGAUGUAUGUGGGCUGCAAGGACCACGUCCUCUCCAUGGACAUCAACAACAUCACGCACGGCACGCUGAAGGUGUUCUGGCCGGCGUCCACAAGCAAAAUAGACGAAUGCCAAAUGGCUGGCAAGGACCCAACGCACGGCUGUGGGAACUUCAUCCGGGUGGUGCAGCCGUACAACCGCACUCAUCUGUUCAUGUGCGGCAGCGGAGCGUACAGCCCCGUCUGUGUGUUCGUCAACCGAGGCCGCAGACCAGAGGAACAAGUUUUUCACAUCGACUCAAAGACGGAGUCUGGAAAAGGGAGGUGCUCCUUCAACCCCCAGGUCAACACCGUCUCCGUCAUGCUCAAUCAGGAGCUCUUCUCUGGCAUGUACAUCGACUUCAUGGGGACAGACGCCGCCAUCUUCAGGAGUCUCACCAAGAGAAACGCCGUUCGGACAGAUCAGCACAACUCCAAGUGGCUCAGCGAACCCAUUUUCGUUGAUGCCCACCUGAUACCAGACGGAACAGACCCAAAUGAUGCCAAACUGUACUUUUUCUUCCGCGAGAGGCUCACAGACAACAAUGGAAAUACUAAAAAUAUCCACACCAUGCUGGCCAGAGUGUGUCCGAGCGACAUCGGAGGACAGCGGAGCCUCGUGAACAAGUGGACCACCUUCCUGAAGGCCCGGAUGGUGUGUUCGGUCCUGGAGGAAGACGGCACCGAGACCCACUUUGACGAACUCGAGAGCGUGUUUUUGCUGGAAACCGAUCAGCCCAAAGGCCUGCUGGUGUUCGGGGUCUUCACGUCCACAAGCUCCGUCUUCAAGGGCUCGGCCGUGUGCGUCUACAACAUGGCCGACAUCCUCACCGUCUUCAACGGGCCCUUCGCUCACAGGGAGGGGCCCAACUUCCAGUGGGUGGCGUUCCAGGGACGCAUCCCGUACCCCCGGCCGGGAACAUGCCCAGGCGGCGCCUUCACGCCCGACAUCCAGACGACGAAGGAGUUCCCGGACGACGUGGUGACCUUCGUCCGGAACCACCCGGUCAUGUUCAACCCCAUCUACCCGGUGGGCCGGAGGCCGCUGGUGGUCCGAACCAACGCCGACUACAGGUACACCUCGGUGGCCGUGGACCAGGUGGCGGCGGCCGACGGGAACUACCAGGUGCUCUUCCUGGGCACAGACAAAGGUACGAUACAGAAGGUGAUCGUGCUGCCGACCAAUCGCUCCCUGCAUGAAGACCUGAUCCUGGAGGAGCUGGAAGUCUUCAAGAACCAAGCCCCGAUCACAAACCUCCGAAUCUCAUCUAAGAAACAACAGCUGUACGCCAGCUCGGAGCUGGGCGUCUCGCAGGUCUCGCUGCACCGCUGCCACGCCUACGGCUCGGCCUGCGCCGACUGCUGCCUGGCCAGAGACCCGUACUGCGCCUGGGACGGCGCCACCUGCUCCCGCUUCUACCCCACCGGAAAGAGGAGAAGCAGGCGGCAGGACAUAAUCCAUGGAAAUCCACUCACCCAGUGCCGGGGAUUCAAUUUAAAAGCUUACAGAAACGCAGUGGAGAUGACGCAGUACGGCGUGAAAAACAACACCACUUUCCUGGAGUGCCUGCCCAAGUCUCCUCAGGCGUCCAUUCGCUGGCUGAUCCAGAGGGACAACGACAGGAGGAAAGAGGUAAAACUUAGCGACCGCGUCGUGUCCACCGAGCACGGCCUCCUCAUCCGCGCCGCCCAGCUGUCCGACCAGGGCCUGUACUACUGCCUGACCACCGAGAACGGCUUCAAGCGCACCGUCGCCAAGAUCCGGCUGCGCGUGCUGAGCGAGGCCAUGGUGAGCGUGCUGACGGACAAACAGCGGUCGCCUUGGGCGUGGGCCAGCUCCCUGCAUCCCAAAGCGCUGCUGGCGGCCUUCAGCCCCGCCGAGACGCUGGCCGUGCAGCAGUACUGCAAGGAGAGGAAGGAGCUGCAAAGCCUCCAGCAGAGGCAGCAGCAGCCGCCGCCGCCGCCCGGACCCCUCAGGGGGGAUCUGGCCAAGCUCAAGCCCCUCCUGGACCGGAGGAAGAGCCGCAAUCGACGGAAUCACUCCACCGAGGACUGAGGCAGGGAGCCGCAGGCUGAACUCACACAAAAACUCUCACUUUCCGCCUGAUUCAGAGUCAAGCUGAUCCUUUUCUUUUCUCAUCUGGACUGCAGAGCCGCACUGUGGAUGUACAGUAAACCCAGGAGGUGGGUGUGAGGAGCCUUUUCGGCAAAAUCCUUCUUUUUUUUUGCAUGAAGUACUGUGGUGCACAGAUGGCUGUGACGUACACACACACACACACACACACACACACACACUCAGCGAGUCAUUCAUUUGCAGUCACACAACAAACUGAAGUGGAUGCAACUGAUGAACUGUGUCCUCGGCUGACAUUUCUCUGAAUAACACACUCUGUGACGCAGUUUUCUGCAUCGGACUUCAGUCUCGGGCUGCUCGCUGAACAUGCGCUGACGUGGUGGAGAAUUGCAAUAACGAUACGAUUCUCGAAACAUGUCAGGGACGGUCGCGUGUUUUCACAGUGGGAUUUCUUCCAAAUAACAGUGCUGUUUCUCUUGCCCCAAAUUUACAACAAACUGGGAUGUAUUUAGUUCAUUUUUGUUUGUUUUUCCAGGCAGCAGCGUUUCCCAACACUUAGGGGAUUUUUUUAUCUUUAUUCUUAAAAUGUUUGUCUUCCACAUCCAGAAUUCUGUCAUUUUGAACAUGCAGAUCAUGAAUGCACAGUGCAUAAAAAUGCAAUUCAUCAUUGUUUAGUCAGUUUGCUGACUAAACAAAUACUGCAGAUAUAUAUGUCUAAACUAUGAUAAUUUUGCGGCAUAAAUGGAGGAUGGUACACAGUUAAUGCCCUCAUUAGUGUAUCAUUAUUUCAAAUACGUACUUACUGAAGUGUUUCUGUUCUAUGCCUGCAAAAUAUAGUGUGCAUUUUUCGUUAUCUCAAUAUUGACACAAUAGAAAUACACUGUGGGAAUGUAAAAUGACAGUUUAAAAAUAUUUAAAAAUGUUUUAAAUAUUUUCAUUAACAACUCUUGUUUACUAUGUGGAAGAAUUCAAAAUCAACAAAUACAUCAGUAUCGUCGGCGUAAGUGUUUAUAUUUAUCACAAAUCGCAGCGUUAUUGUGACACUCUUCAACAUUAUCGCAUGUUUGUUUCAUAAAGUCGUUCAGCUCCACUCCACUCCGAUGACAAACACAACUUGGAGAGCUGUGUCCGGGAAUAAUAGGGAAGCAGGUUAUGUUUAAUAGCGCAGAUGUUUUUCGAAUAAUAAAAAAAAAAGUGUUGAAAUUGAAGGAGUUAUGAUCCAGAGCUAAAGUUACUGAGCAGAAUAUGAAUUCCAUGUGAGCUGCUACAAAACCUUUCCCAGGUUUUUCCUCUGAUGUACAUAGUGGAAGCGCUCGUGCCUGAGCUGCGUUCUCCACCACAGCUUGUUUCCAGCACUCGUGCACGCCUCUAGAAUUCCAUCGACCAUGUAGAAAGUCUCUGAAUUGCUGCCGGGUUUAGAUUUUAGCAGCCAAAGCAGCUGAUACGCACAUCUUAGCUCAUGAGAAUUAAACGAGGCGCUGGAGCACGGCGGUAUAUGAGCUUUUUCCACACUUUCCCCCAUCAACAUGUACAGAAUCUCAGUUUAAAUGUAGUAAUUGUCGGUUAGUGAAUCAAUCUGUGAUUUAGACCAUUUGACAUAUGUGAAUAGGCUUUUUCUUUUUUAACGUAGCUAAUGUAGAUAGUUCAUUGUUUGUGUACAAAGUAUUUUGUCAUGCUUUUAAUUUAAUGUCGCGUGCGGCUUUGUGAAAGUGUCAUAUUGUAUAUAAAUUCACCACAUUUCAGCCACUAAUCGUGACUGUAUCUGCAAAUUGCAGAGGUAUGCAGUACUGAAGGACCGUUUACGCCGCCGUACAGUUCCCUGCUGUGUGACCGGUAACAUCAGUGUAAACUUGGCGUUUUGACAUCUGCGUAUUUCUAUUUAUUAAUGUGAUGAUAGCCUGAAUAAAUAUGUUCAGAUGAAUUUCCCGUUUACAGAAAGAAAUGAGUUUAUUGUAAGACCUCUCAUUCAAACUGUGUCAAAAUGUGGAUUUUCUGUUAAAUUUACCAUACCGUUUGUCACAUUUUUGAUUCAUUUGAGAAAUUAUUACAAUAAAACAUUUGCGUUAGCAUGCUAACUCUAAACUUUUAGGGUGUUUUUAACGUUUACUGUAAGUACAUUUAGAUAAUAUGCUAAUUCCAAUAUUGUAGCACAAUUUAAGGAACUAUUAAUGUAAAACCCAUGAGAACGCAUGCUAACUGAAAUGUUUCUAAGAGUAGGUUUAGAAAAUACAAUUAAUGGUAUGUAUUAGCCAAUUCGGUUUGUUACUAUGGGAC